UCAUGGGUCAGAAGCAAGGUAAAAGUUUGUAGCAUGGCAUUGGGUCACGCACAGCUCACACAUUAUUCCUGCCCACUGAUUAGAUGUCUGGAGUAUUUUAAACAAGGGAUGUCAAGUGAUAAUUCCAGUGCAAGGAAGGGCAUCAUGUGAAGAUAAAACCGAUCGGAGUGAGAACGUUCAUGAGCAUGGGCUGAUACAAGCAGGUGAAUGCUCAAACUACAGAAAACUCUGGUCUAUUUUUCAAGAGAUUCAUCUCAAGCAACCCUGGGUGGGAUGUGCACAGUGUAUUCACACCUGAACACGUGUACCCAUAACCUGGUUUUACCUCUAGGAGGGCUUUAUACAAGCACUGACUUUUUAAAUAGACAGACUAGACACAGAAAGAAGAAAAUGCCUUGCCCAAGCUUGUCCACUGAAAAUAUGACAAAUGAAUAUUUCGUGUGCAUUUCCUUGUUUCUCUUGAAGCUUUAUAGCUUAUUUCUAUAGAUCUUUGAUCAGCACCUGUAAACCUUUUUCUAGUCAUUGUGAGGAUUUUGACCUUGUAUUAGUCAGCGGACUUAAGAAUUGUCUGUAACGUGAUAAUGUUAUGUAUGAUAGCUCAUACAUAACAUCCAUGAGCAAUAUCAGGUAUCCUUGGGGGUGUCCUGCCACACCACAGCACUCCGGAGUCCACAGUUGCCUGGCAGCACUCUGUGCCAGCCCUGGCUCCAGGGCUGCUUGUGGCUUUCAGGCUUCAGGGAGAAACCUGGUUUUGUAAUGCGUGAGUGUCCACGUGCUGUCUGAAGUUGUCAGUCAGUUACACAACGCUGUCUCCAUCAUCUAGCUGUCCUUCUGGCAUUCACACAUGCAGCAUGGUUUGAAUAGUUUAGACUUCAAGGAGUUGCAGUUUCCUUCAAGUUUUUCCAGUACGUUGGAAAAGCACAAAGGGACAAGCCUCAGGCAGCAACAGAUAGAACAGGGAGUUUUGGAGAGGAAAAUAUUGAGAAAGAUGCAUGAUCGAAAAUAAGGGAUGUUAUGUAAAAUUUAAAAUACCUGUCCUUAGUCCUAAUCAAUCAUCAAUUCUAAUAGAAUCAAUUAUAAUGUAUAAAUAUAAUGUUUAAGUGCUUUACUGGCCCAUAUCCUAAAGCUCUAUGGUUCUGUAAAGUUUCUCUUGAGGUUGCUCGCUCUCUUUCUACAGCUGUGAGUUUGAUGUGCAGGAGAACAGCCAUCCAGUGAUGAAAUCUGUAACAGUGCUUCAAGGAUUCCUUUGUUUUUCCCUAUUUUAACACUGCCUGUCAGGAUGCAAAAGCUGCUCAGUGUGAUACGGUGUCCUUGUCACAGAGCACACAGAGGUAAAGGUUACAGCAUGCUGAGCCUGAAGGAGGAGAUGCUCCCAACACCAAACACCGGUGGCUGCUCUCCCUCCUCCCGUCAUGCAUGUUUUGUAAUAGAGCAGCAGCCGCACGCCCCUUGGGCUCUGAAGGAAAUGCAGGACACUUUGGGAUUCCCCUUCUGUCCACUACCCGUGUGUAGCCUCACUCUGCUGUUUUGCAUACAUGGUCCUCACGUAUAAAAUGCAUUUGCCUCACAGGAGAGAUACAGAGCCCCGGAGAUUAAAGGAAAGGAACUUUGACAGCAAAGACGAUCUCCUGACAGGGCUGGGGAAGUUCUUCGCAAAGCACGGUAGGACAGCUCUGAGUCCCUGUGCUGGGUUUGCCACUGUGUGCUGCAGCUCACAGGUGGAGUAAUUAUGUGGCAAAUUGUCUUGUUUUGUUUACUUUUCUGUAUUAGGAGUGAAGUGUUGGAAUCAGUUUCCUGCUCUAUUUCCAGCUGUUUUGCUGCUCUGGAAACUUUAUCUCCCUUUCUGCUGAUUUGAAGUGUUUCCACAUCACACAAAACAAGAUUUCAGCACUGAACUAAAACCAUAAACAAAGCAUACACAAUGCUGUGCCCAUGGCAGUUUGCAUUCAGACCUCGUGCUGCUAAGAGCCAGUCUUCUGCAGAGAAGGACAUCAAUAAUAACGUGGAUAGGAAGAGCCACAGCUUAGAAAAUGGCGAUGCCAAAUUGUAUGAUCUGAGCAAGAAGUGGAUAGAGAUGCCACCUGUAACUUCAGCAAAGGCCACUGAUGGCAGAGAGAACCCCUCCCAAAAUGGUAUCAAAGCUUCAAACCAAGUAUCAAGAUGUCCAAGACAUGUAAAAGUAAGAAACUUGGAAAAUGGCUCCAGCUUUCUUGACACACUGCACCUGACAGCGAAGGAGGUUAUCAACUGCCGGACCAAAGCCUGCCAAGGGGCACUCAUGACCCCAAAGGGCCUGGUGAGAGGUACUCGAGAUGAGCCGGUUCCACCAGCAGAGCUCUUACCUCAGGCAAUAGACUUCAUCAAGCAGUACUACAAUUCAUUUAAAGAAAAGCCAAAAAUAGAUGAGCACCUGGCCCGACUGGAAACAGUGACCAGGGAGAUAGAAACAACAGGAGCCUACCAUCUGACUAAGGAGGAACUGAUCUUUGCUGCCAAGCAGGCCUGGAGGAAUGCACCCAGGUGCAUUGGGAGGAUCCAGUGGUCCAAUCUACAGGUGUUUGAUGCACGGGAUUGUAAAACAGGAAAGGAAAUGUUUGAACAUCUCUGUCGUCAUAUUCAGUACGCCACCAACAAUGGAAAUAUAAGAUCAGCCAUCACUGUCUUCCCCCAGAGGACUGAUGGGAAACACGAUUUCCGUGUUUGGAACAGCCAGCUCAUCCGAUACGCUGGGUAUCAGAUGCCAGAUGGGUCUGUCAUCGGAGACCCUGCCAGCGUGGAGUUCACACAGCUCUGCAUUGAGCUUGGGUGGAAGCCGAAAUACGGCCGCUUUGAUGUAGUUCCCCUUGUUCUGCAAGCAAACGGCCAAGACCCAGAAAUAUUUGAGAUCCCGCCAGAAAUUGUCCUCGAAGUUCCAAUGGAGCAUCCAAAGUAUGAAUGGUUUAAGGAGCUAGAUCUGAAGUGGUAUGCGCUGCCUGCUGUCGCCAACAUGCUGCUUGAGGUGGGAGGCGUGGAGUUCACUGGGUGUCCUUUCAAUGGCUGGUACAUGGGCUCAGAGAUUGGAGUGCGGGACUUCUGCGACGUGCAGCGGUACAACAUCCUGAAGGAGGUGGGGAGGAGAAUGGGACUGGAAACAAACAAACUUUCAUCACUGUGGAAAGACCGAGCUGUUGUAGAGAUAAAUGUGGCUGUGCUUUACAGCUUCCAAAAACAGAAUGUGACCAUCAUGGAUCACCACUCAGCUGCUGAGUCCUUCAUGAAGUACAUGCAGAAUGAGUACCGUGCGCGAGGAGGCUGCCCAGCUGAUUGGGUGUGGAUCGUACCUCCCAUAUCAGGGAGCAUAACUCCUGUCUUCCAUCAGGAGAUGCUGAACUAUGUCCUCACUCCCUUCUAUUACUACCAGGUGGAUGCAUGGAAAACACAUGUCUGGCAUGAUGAGACCCGGAGGCCAAAGAAAAAGGAAAUCAAGUUUAGCAUCUUGGCCAAGGCUGUCCUCUUUGCAUCUUCACUCAUGCAACGAACAAUGGCAGCCAGGACCAAGGUCACUGUAAUCUAUGCAACAGAGACUGGGAAAUCUGAAACACUCGCCAACAAUCUGUGCAGCUUGUUCAACUGUGCCUUCAGCACCAAGAUUCUGUGCAUGGAUGAGUACAACAUUCGUGACCUGGAAAAAGAAACACUUCUGUUAGUGGUUACCAGCACUUUUGGCAAUGGAGGUUCUCCAAAUAAUGGAAAGACUUUGAAGAACUCCUUGCUCACCCUGAAAUCACUGAGAAAAAAGAUCAGAUACGCUGUGUUUGGUUUGGGCUCCAGCAUGUAUCCGGAGUUCUGUGCCUUUGCUCAUACCAUUGACCAAAAACUGGCCCAACUUGGGGCUUCUCAGCUCACUCCAAUAGGUGAAGGAGAUGAACUUGGUGGGCAAGAAGAAGCCUUUCGCUCAUGGGCAGUCACUGCAUUCAAGACUGCCUGUGACAUUUACAACAUCCAGGGCAAAGCCAGUAUUCAGUUGCCUGAGAUUUAUACCUCUGAUGAAAGCUGGGAUCCUAAGAAUUACAGGAUAGUGCAUGACUCUCAAACCAUGGUCUUGGCUAAAGCACUUGGAAGCAUUCACAGCAAGGAUAUCAUUCCCAUGAAGCUGAAGUUCAGGCAGAAUCUUCAAAGUUUAAAAUCCAGUCGUGUUACCAUUCUAGUCAAGCUUUCCUGUGAGACUGAUCGGGAAGUGCACUACCUGCCUGGAGAACACAUCGGGAUUUUCCCAGGCAACCAGCCAGAAUUAGUCCAUGGCCUCAUUGCACACGUCAAGGAUGCGCCUCCAGCUGACCAGACUGUCAGACUUGAAACCUGCACCAAGGGUGGCUGCUGGACAAGGGACAAGAGGCUUCCAGCCUGCACACUGCCCGAGGCACUGACGUACCUGCUUGACAUCACCACUCCACCCUCCCAGCAGCUGCUGAAGAAGCUCUCCCAGCUGGUAACAGCGGAGGGAGACAAACAGAGGCUGGAAGUUUUGUGUCAGAGCACAGAAGAAUACAAUAAGUGGAAGUUUUACAACAGCCCGAACAUCCUGGAGGUGCUGGAGGAGUUUCCCUCUGCUGAGGUCUCAACAGCUUUCCUCCUGACUCAGCUGCCGCUCCUGAAACCCAGGUACUAUUCUGUGAGCUCCUCCUGUGACCUGACAGCCAGAGAGAUUCAUCUGACAGUUGCAGUUGUAAACUACAGGACAAGAGAUGGACAAGGGCCUUUGCACCAUGGAGUUUGCAGCACGUGGCUGAACACAAUAGCUCUCAAUGAAAUGGUUCCGUGCUUUGUACGCAGUGCCAACGAAUUCCAUCUCCCAAAGGAGCCAAGCAGGCCGUGCCUCCUGAUCGGCUCAGGAACCGGAAUUGCUCCCUACCGGAGCUUCUGGCUGCAGCGUCUCCACGACUUGGAAAAGAGAGGGAUCAGAGGGGGUGACAUGACGCUGCUGUUUGGCUGCCGGCAGCCAGACAUGGAUCACCUCUACAAAGCAGAAACUGAGGAAAUGAAGAGGAAGGGAGUCCUGAAAGAAGUCUACACAGCCUACUCCAGACAGCCUGGCCAACCUAAAGUCUAUGUUCAAGACGUUCUUCAAAGCAAGCUGGGGACCAAAGUGUGCAACCUCUUGCACAAGGAGGAAGGGCACCUCUAUGUCUGUGGAGACGUGCGCAUGGCCAAGGACGUUGCUCAGGCUCUGAAAAGGAUGCUCACGAAAGCCCUGAAGCUCAGCGAGCAGCAGGCAGAGGAGUAUUUCUUCCAGCUAAAGAGCCAAAAGCGAUACCACGAAGAUAUAUUUGGGGCUGUGUUCCCACCGGAAGUCAAGAGAGGGGUGGGAGCUUUGCAACCCAGCAGCCCAAGAGCAAAUCACCUCCUGUUUUAGCCGGUCCUUGCACAUUUGUUGUUGUUUUCAAAACGCAAGGGCUCAAAUCCUCUUUCUCAUGCAUGUUCCUGUAUGUGUGGCACGCAUGUACAUGUAUAGAACAUGUCUGUGAUGGUAGGAUUUGAGCUUUAAACCUCAGCCUUAAGAAAAACAUGAAGUCUAACGUUUUGUUGCUAUUUAUUCUGAGACUUCAUUGAUUUUCUCAAUCGUGAAGAUUCAAACUAUUUUUGUAAUGCUGUCUGCAGUCUGUGU